GCUGAGAAGAGCAUGGUCAAGCACCAACCCUUGCAGUACUACGAGCCACAGCUAUGUUUGUCGUGUCUGACAGGAAUUUACGGCUGCCGGUGGAAACGGUACCAGCGGUCACAUGACGACACCACAAAAUGGGAACGCCUCUGGUUCUUAAUCCUCACCUUCACUUUCUUCCUGACGCUCGUGUGGUUUUAUUUCUGGUGGGAAGUUCACAAUGACUACAACGAAAUCAACUGGUUUUUGUACAAUAAAAUGGGAUAUUGGAGCGACUGGUCCGUUCCGGUCCUGGUGACGACGGCUGCCGGUUUCACAUAUAUCACAGUCUUGUUGAUUUUAGCACUAUGUCACAUAGCUGUCGGACAGCAGUUGAACCUACACUGGAUCCACAAGAUUGGGCUGAUCACAACCUUUAUAGCAGCCAUCAUCACGAUGUGUUCAAUGGCACAGCUGUGGGAUGACGAAUGGGACAUGGUCAUAAUAUCGUUACAGGCCACAGCCCCCUUUCUGCACAUCGGCGCACUGGUGGUUGUCACCGCUCUGUCGUGGUUGAUAUCCGGGCUGGUCGCGAGAUCGGAAAGAGCUGGUUCCCAGAUGCUGACCUUCAUGGCCUACUUCGCGGUGGUCAUUGGGCUUUACCUUCUGCCCCUCACCAUCUACUCCCCCUGCAUCAUGGAGAGGAAGGAUCUCGGGCCCAAACCCACCAUCAUUGGUCACCGAGGCUCUCCCAUGCUGGCCCCCGAAAACACUUUGAUGUCCUUCCAGAAGGCGUUGGAGCAGAAAAUCUACGGCGUGCAGGCAGAUGUGAUGAUCAGUUAUGAUGGGGUUCCUUUCCUCAUGCACGAUGCAACACUGCGGAGGACCACCAACGUGGAGGAAGUGUUUCCAUGGCUGGCCUCUGAGCAUUCUUCCAUGUUCAACUGGACGGACCUGGAGAGUCUGAAUGCCGGUGAAUGGUUCUUCGAGGACGACCCCUUCUGGACCGCCAACUCUUUCUCGUCUUCCGAUGCCAAACAAGCCAGAAACCAAUCCAUUUGUAAGUUGGCUGACAUGCUGGAGUUGAUCCGGGACAACGCCACCGUUCUCUUGAACCUCCAGAACGUCCCCUGGGACCAUCCGUUCCACAGCACUUUCCUCAACAUCACUCUGGAGACGGUUCUCAGUUCGGGCAUUCCGCAACAGGCGGUGAUGUGGCUGCCUGACACGGAGCGAAAGCUGGUUCAGCAGGUUGCCCCUGGGUUCCAACAGACCACCGACGCCAAGGCUGAUGCCCAAAAAUUGCGGGAUGAAGGCUUCCGGAAACUGAACCUUCGGUACACCAAGGUCACCGGUGAAGAUAUCAGGGAGUACGCAGCUGCUAAUCUGAGCGUGAACCUGUACAUUGUGAACGAGCCAUGGCUCUUCUCCGUCCUGUGGUGUGCCGGAGUUCAGUCCGUCACCUCCGAUAACUCUCACACCCUCAGCAGGCUGACUUCCCCCGUCUGGCUAAUGCCUCUGGAUGAGUACUAUCUAAUCUGGAUAACAGCCGAUCUCAUUUCAUUUACCGUAAUUGUAGGCGUUUUUAUAUUCCAGAAGUGGCGUCUGGGCAGCAUCAGGUCCUACAAUCCUGAGCAGAUCAUGCUGAGCGCAGCAGUGCGCCGGUCCAGCCGGGACGUCAACAUCAUGAAAGAGAAACUGAUCUUUUCGGAAAUCAACAGCGGAGUGGAGGGUACGGACGAGCUGUCGUUGUGCUCCGAGAACGGCUACGCCAACGAAGUUGUCACACCCAUGGACCACAGAGACGUGAAGCUACGUAUCAACUGAAGGGC